AUUUCUUUAAAUCUAUAAUUGGUAAUUAGUUAACGUCUGUCCUCACAAAAACGGUACGGUAAACCAUGAAAAGAAGUUGCGGCAAGUGUUACAGUGAACGCGCAUGAAUCGAACGCUAUCUAUAUACGUACGUGAAACAUAUUAAAGUAUUUUGUGCAACAGAAAAUUAAUUGGAAGCGUAGAAAAAGAUGUUAGGGGAGGACGAUAGCGGAGUCAGUGAUUACUUCCGGUCAAAUUUCCUGGCGCUCCAAAAUGCGGUUAGCCCGCAGGAUAUGAAAAAAUUCAUAGCUCUGAAUGAAAAUUCGGAAAGGAUCCGUUUCCUAUUGCGUUAUCCAGUGAUUUAUAAUCUGCCUGUGCGAGUUACCGAAGAGGGAGAUUUGCUGAAGAACAGCGAGAAAGCUCUGAAACUUAAGGAUAUUGGUAACAAGUAUUUUGGACGUGGUGAAUUUAUUAAAGCGCUAGGAUCUUACUCGAACGCGGUUCUGCUAGCACCUAGGAAAGACUUAGGCGUUAUAUUGGCGAAUCGUUCAGCAACGCUUUACCACCUAGAAGAGUAUAGUUACGGUCUAACAGACGCGGAAGAAGCUCUACGCGUCGGAUAUCCGCAUGAGUUACAUUAUAAAAUUCAAGAAAGACGCGCUAGAUGUUUGCUCGGAUUAAAAAGACACGACGAGGCUGUGCUAGCAUUCAGGAACGCUUUGCAAGCAUUAGACACUGCGAAACUAUCAUUGGACAAGAAACAGAAGCUCGAGGCAGACAUUAGACUUAUGCUUGCUGUGAUAGACAAAGGUAAUCGGCUGGCACAGAAGACGUCGAAAAUUCCUCAGAAAGAAGAAAUUAGGAAGCCUAAAAAGACGACUCUAAAGAUCGAGGACUGCAAUCCUCUCUAUCCUUCUUGCAGCAAAGCGGUUGAAAUUAAGGAUGAAGGUGGUAACAUAGGUAGACACGCCGUUGCUACUAAAGACAUCGAACCUGGGGAAACGCUAGUGAUAGAGAAGCCACAUUGUGCAGUCUUGUUGGCCGAAUACAGACUCAGCAAUUGUCAUCAUUGUUUCGCGAAAAUAUUCGUACCGAUACCAACUAGCUGUGACACGUGCAACUUCGUGGCUUACUGUAGUAUUCCCUGCAGAAACAAGGAUGCCGAGAUUCAUAAAAACGAAUGCAUGAUACUACCCAGUUUAUGGUUCUCGGAAACUUCUGUAAACUGUUUCUUAGCUUUAAAGGCAAUCGUUCAGAAACCCUUCGAAGAAUUAUUGGCGCUCAAGGAUAAGCUUAAAGCUACGAAGGGGAGAUUCGAGACUUCGACACAGCGACCUCGUCGACACGAUGACUUCGAAGCUAUCUAUGGAUUAAUAACUCACGAGGAAGAAAGAACGUCGGAAGAUCUUUUUCAUAGAACUUAUAUAGCUACUUGGCUAUUGAGACUUUUAAAACGAAACCCUUACUUUCCCGAAUGGGUUAAAACGCCAGAUUCAGCGGAAGCGAUACCCUCCGAUGGUGAAUUAUACAUAGGCAGUUUGAUUUUACAUAAUUUAAUGUUAAUACAAUUUAACGCUCAUGAGAUAUCGGAAUUAGCUGUACCAAAGGGUAGCAAUAUUUUAGCAAAAGCUAAAAGCAAAUUUAUCGGUGGGGGUGUUUACUCGACAGUUUCACUAUUUAAUCAUUCGUGCAAUCCUGGUAUCAUCAGGUAUUUUAUCGGUACCACUAUGGUUGUACGAGCAAUUCGCACUAUUCCAGCAGGAGAGGAAAUCUCCGAAAACUACGGCCCAAUUUUUACAACUACUCCCGAAGCUGAACGGAAACGGAAACUAAGAGUACAAUACUGGUUUGAUUGCAACUGCGAAGCAUGUACAGCACAUUGGCCUACUUUGGAAGAAAUCGAUCCAACGAUUCUAAGAUUCAAGUGCGAGACUGGUAAAGAAUGCGGAAACGUUCUACCUAUAAAAGCAGACACAAACGAGUUCAUGAUCAGAUGUUCCAAAUGUGGCAAAAAUACUAAUAUUUUCAAAGGUUUAAAAGCCUUGCAAGACACAGAUGCCAUUUUUCGAACUGCUUCCAGAAAUCUCGAGGAAGGGAAGCACCAAGAAGCGUUAAAAUCUUAUUUAGAAAUUUUAAAACUUCUAGAUGAAACCCUUGCUUUACCCAUAAGAGACUAUCAUCUUUGUCAACAAGGUGUUCGACUAUGCAUGCUUCCUUUAGGAAACGUUUCUUAUAUUUAAGAAUUCAGCGUCAAUGUAACCAAGUAUAAUAAUUUCAAUGUAUAUAUGAUAAUUUCUUUUUUAACUGAAUAUUUAAUGGGAUAAGAAAUAUGAAAUAUACGACUCCGAUGUGCUAUUACUUCGAUACUUUAUUAUUUUCUUUUAAUGAACAUCAAACUGCUAUUUGCAAUAGGAAAGCCAAAAUAAUUAUACCAUACAUUUUUAUUUUAAAGUCUUAAAUUCGUAAGAGUACAAAAUAAUUAAUACAACGUAAAACGGCCGUUCCUUCUAUUUCUUCAUGAACUUCUUCACAUAAAAAUGUCUCACUGUUAUGCUUAUCGUUAUAAUUGUUCUUAAUUGCAACCGAAUUCUUUUUGUCUCACCCGUACACUUUGAAGCAAUGAGUAC